UAUCGAUAUAUUGGACAAUAAUACUAAAAAUGUUUUACAAAUAUUAUAUAUUUAUUAGAUAUAUUGUUGGCAUAUAUUUACUACUAUUAGUUAACAGUUGUCUAACUGAUUAUCUUAGUCUAGAUGGCAAUCAAUGGCAUGCAAUCAAUCAAAAUAAAUCUGUAAAAAUCGGUGCAAAAGUUCCCGGCAGUAUAUACACUGAUCUGAGGACAGCCAAAAUAAUACCCGAAAACCUAUACUUUACCGACAAUGAUGUCAAACUACGAUGGGUUUCAUACGACAACUGGACAUAUGAGCGCACAUUUAGCGUGGACUCUAGUUUACUAAACAAGCAAAAUGUUUAUCUAGUGGCCAACGGUAUCGACACGGUUAGCACUGUCCGAUUGAACGGCCAGUUGGUUGGCCAGACAGACAACCAGUUUGUACGCUACAGAUUUGAUAUACGAUCGGUAGUCAAGUCGGGCCCGAACACACUGAGACUGGACUUUCAGUCGGCACCGCUCUAUGCCCGACAAAAGUCCCGCGAGUUUCAAAACAAAUACAACUAUACGGUAGCACCAGACUGUCCUCCCGACCAAUAUCAUGGUGAAUGUCAUUAUAAUUUUGUCCGCAAAAUGGCCGCCUCUUUUGCAUGGGAUUGGGGCCCGGCAUUUCCGACACAAGGCAUAUGGAAACCGAUAGGCAUUGAGGCAUACAAUGGUGCCAUCAUUCGGGAUGUGACAGUCGAGACAAUAGCUAACCGAUCCAAAGUACCCGUGGAGUGGUCGCUGACUGUCCAAGUGUUUGUCGAAUCGGCCGCCAAUCGCCAGUUGGACGGCCUGUUUGACAUCCAGUUAGACAAUCAGCAGUUGUUGGCAAACAAACUGAUAAAAUUGAAAACCAACGAUAAAGGAGAGUCUACGGCACUGUUUGUACUGCCUAUCCUGUCGUCGCACACAUCUAUUGAACAAUGGUUUCCCAACGGUGUGGCCAACAAUACACAAAAACUAUAUGAUCUCAAUGUACAGCUAACAUCAUCAUCAGCAGCACCUGUGGAAAUAUCAGCCGUAAGCCGACAAAUCGGUUUCCGUACUAUUGAACUAAUACAAGAACCGGUCAAACCUGAAGGUUUGACAUUUUAUUUCCGUGUCAAUGGACUGCCGUUUUUUGCCAAAGGAUCCAAUUGGAUACCGGCCAACAAUUUCAUGGAAGACCUAACUGAGCCCUAUCUGAGACAUUUGCUAUCAUCGGCCAAACAGGCAAACAUGAAUAUGAUGCGCGUCUGGGGCGGCGGUGUCUACGAAUCGGAUCUGUUUUAUCGGUUGGCCGACGAAUACGGUAUUAUGAUUUGGCAGGACUUUAUGUUUGCCUGUAGUCUGUAUCCGGCAAACCAGGAGUUUCUUGAAACGGUUCGUACGGAAGUCAUACAAAACGUACGUCGACUUCAAUAUCAUCCGUCUAUUGCCAUUUGGGCCGGUAAUAAUGAAAACGAGUUAGGACUGGCCAGUUGGUGGACUCAUUUACCACAAUACCCGCCGGACUAUCGCAAACUAUACGCCGACACUAUUGGCCAAGCGGUAGCUCUGGAGGACACUACACGUCCGUUUGUACCGUCGAGUCCGUCAAACGGUUUGGAUACUAUACGGGAAAACUAUACGGCUGCUAAUCCGGGCGACACCCACUACGGCGAUGUUCAUCACUAUGACGAUUUGGCUGAUCUGUGGGACUGGCGAUCGGCUCCGAACGCCCGGUUCGUCUCGGAAUACGGCUUUCAAUCGUUCCCGUCAUUGGAGACACUGAUGCAGGCUUUCCCCGACCAGGAACUGGUCUAUCCGUUGACACCGGCCGUCGAACAUCAUCAGCACAAGGAGUUUGAAGACCAGAUUAUUGACGGCCAGAUAGGUUCUUAUCUGAUAAAGCCGUCGAAAGGCAGUAUCGAUAGACUAAACGAUUUUAUCUAUAGUUCCCAAUUAAUACACGCCAUGUCUAUGAAAACACAAACUGAAUACUAUCGCCGCAAUCGCAAAGUCGACGAUAAAGGCAAUGGCCAUACAAUGGGUGCACUGUAUUGGCAACUGAACGAUAUAUGGCCGGCACCUACCUGGGCGUCAAUAGAGAGCACUGGCAAAUGGAAAGUAUUGCACUCGUAUGCCAUCCGGUUUAUGGCCAACCAUUUGGUAACACCGUACGAGGACAGUGAUCAACAAUUAAAGAUAGACUUUGUUAGGGAUGACUAUUUGGGAAUGUUAUCAUUCAACUAUACUAUCCGUUUGUAUAACUGGUCUCAAUGUCUACCGGUUCGUACAAUUACCGGCCAUUUCCUAAGCAAUAGCUUUUCGGUUACCGAAAUCUAUAGUCAAUCAAUACCUGAUCUAUUGAAGACUGUGGACACCAAAUGCCGGACGAGAGCCGAUUGUGUCGUAUCUAUUGAUGUCUAUAAUAGCGAUCAUAGUAUUCAUGCAAAUAAUUUUAUGUUAUUGACAAAACCAAAUCAAGCAAAACUAGUAAAAUCUAAUUUACGGGUGAUUUCCGUACAUAAACAACAACAGCAUGUGUCCGGUCGUACAGACAAACCAUUGAAAUAUAUGUUUGACAUUAAACUGAGCGCCGAUAGUGUCGUACCGUUUGUUGUCGUCGACCUUAAACCUAAAUCAGGACUAACCGGUCAGUUUGUGGACAACGGUUUCUUUAUAUUUGACGGCAAUUUUACGGCCACUUUUCAGACAUCAGAUCCAGAUAUAAGUGGACAACAAAUCAGUGAUAAUCUAAUUGUUAAAACACUAACUGAUGUCAAAUAA